GCUCUGAGACACCGGAAGUAAUCGUCGCUUUUGGUGACGCUGCAUUAGACCUCAAGACAUGGACCGGUCUAGGCUGUUCGGGUUGUUCCUUCUCAGCCUGGCUCUUUCCGGAGCUCAGGCGCUCACACCGUCACAUUACCUCUCCCUGUCUGAUGUGGCCCGACUGCAGAACCUCCUGAGCCAGCAGUUCACUGACCUGGAGUCCGCAUACUACUCAGUUGUAGGUCUGACCAAGCUGGGAGCGACAGUUCCCGAUCACGAAGAUGUGUGCCAGUUUGUGAAAUCUCAGCUUGAUUCCACUAGUGUUGAUUCACUCUUCUUUGCUGCUGAGAUCAGUCGUGCCAUUUCAGGAUGUGAGAUCCCUGUGUCCAACGAAACCCGCGACCUCCUCCUGGCUGCAGUCAGUGAAGAUUCGACCAUGACUCAGAUUCAUCGGGCUGUGACUGCUCUCAGCUCUCUUGGGCUUCCUCUUGCUUCCCAGGAAGUUGUAGGUUCCUUGACAGCCCGGAUCAACAAAGAGGAUAAUGUUAUGGCCAUCACCAUGGCUCUGCAAACAGCAUCCCAGCUUUCCCAGCAGGCAGAGCUCGGAGGAAUACUGGAAGAAAUUGAGGAUCUGACAGCUCGCUUGGAUGACCUCGGUGGCCUCUACCUCCAGUUUGAAGAGGGACUCGAAGCAACCGCCAUGUUUGUGACCGCUGCUUAUUCCCUGUCAGAUCACAUGGACAUGGAGCCUCCUAUCAAAGAGGAUCAGGUCAUCCAGCUGGUGAAUUCUAUCUUCAGCAAGAAAUCCUGGGACUCUCUGGCUGAGGCUUUCAGCGUGGCAAGCGCCGCCGCUGCUCUGUCCGGCAACCGCUUCCACGUACCCGUAGUCGUCACUGCCCAGGGCCCAGCUACUGUUUCCCACAGCCAGCCAACCCUGCAGCUCCUUGUCACUGAUGUCAUGUCUCAACCACUAGACUCAGCCAAUGUGGUGGUGGAAUCUGCAUACGCUGUGGCCUCGAAGGCUGCCAUUCUCAACCAAGCACCAUUCACAAUUAAUGACGGCGUCUUUGAACUGAACUUCAUGUCCAGCCAGCCAGCCAGCGGAUAUUACCAGUUCACCAUUGCAGUGACCGGGGACAGCCGGCUGGUUGCCAAUCAUGUCGAGCUUAAAGUGAAGGUGUCCACAGAGGUGGCUGUGACCAACAUGGACCUCUCUGUGGUGGAUAAGGACCAGAGCAUCGGCACAAAGACCACCAGGGUGGACUAUCCUUCCAAAGCUAAGAGCUCCUUCACAGCAGACAGCCACCAGAACUUUGCCAUGUCCUUCCAGCUGGUUGACAUUAACACUGGAGUGGAGCUCACACCUCACCAGACCUUUGUACGGCUGCACAAUCAGAAAACUGGCCAGGAGGUCGUGUUUGUGGCCGAACCCGACAGCAAGAACCUGUACAAGUUUGAGUUGGACACAGCCGAGCGGAAAUCUGAAUUCGACUCCAUCUCUGGCACCUAUUCUCUCUACCUCAUCGUUGGAGACGCCACUUUAGAGAAUCCCAUCCUGUGGAACGUGGCCGACGUCAUUCUGAAGUUCGUGGAUGAGGAGGCCCCGGCAACAAUUCAACCUAAGACUCUUUAUGUACCCAAACCAGAGAUUCAGCAUCUGUUCAGGGAACCUGAGAAGAAGCCCUCCACAGUGGUUUCCAACACCUUCACUGCACUCAUCCUGUCUCCCUUCCUGCUGCUGCUCAUUCUGUGGGUCAAGCUCGGCGCCAACAUCUCCAGCUUCAGCUUCUCUCCGAGCACCAUCCUGUUCCAUCUGGGACACGCAGCCAUGCUGGGCCUGAUGUACGUCUACUGGACCCACCUGAACAUGUUCCAGACUCUGAAGUACCUGGCAAUCAUCGGCGGUGUAACUUUCCUUGCCGGAAACCGCAUGCUGGCCCAGAAAGCAGUGAAGAGAAAUCAGAAAAAAUAGGGGCAAGAAAAAAGAAGAUGAUUGUUUUGUUGUUUCCAUCAAAACCUUGUUUUGUUUUUUGUUUUUGUUUUGGGUUUUUUUAAGAGAAAAUGGGACGAAAAGUUGAAAACUUCAAAGCAUGCAGUUUGUCUGUGUUGCCAAAUGGAAGAAAUUGAAAUAUCACCACGUCUCUGGGAGUCUGGAAUAACACUCAGUGCAGAGGACUGUGGAGCUACUGAUCAUUGCACUUCAUCUUCCUGUGAGAUUUGUUUUCUUAUUGCGAGCUGUUUUUGUUGUUCGUUUUUUUUUUUUGUUU